UACGAGAUUUUUGAAUGCGUUGUUGCUGUGUAUGAGAGGCCUACUCAAGCGAAACAGGUACACAGGUGUGAAACCUUGCCGCCCAUGACUCAAGGACUACAUUUUGGUCUAUGGUGUUGCUCAGUGUUCCCAUGAUACGCAGUACACAUAAGGGUCGCAUUGCGUGAAAUCAGCCCAGUUUGAUUUUUCAUCACCAGGACCAAUACUAAAUUGAAUGAUGGAAGAGAAUAAUUCUAUGGAGGGUUAUCUUCAGAAGCGGGUUCAGACCGGUAUAGUAAAGUCCAUGAAAAAGAAAUGGUACCUGCUGAAAGAUGGGGAACUGAGAUGUUAUCAAAAUGAGGAUGCCUGUAAAAGAAACGCGGAGAUGUACCAAGAUGUGGUACAGGUGCAUGAUAUUCAGACGGUCCGCAUUGCCAGUGAAAAGCACGGUGCAGAGGUUGUCACUAAACAGAAAAAGUUCAUACUGGUGGCAUCGAGUGAAGAGGAUCAGAAGAAAUGGAUCAAGGCGAUUUAUGAGGCACUUAAAGACAACAGACCUCGGUCAGUGUCAACCCCAACUGAGAAGAGGUCUCCUGCCAGAAAAAUUUCAGCAUCGAAGUUUGGUUUGCCCCACAUGUUCACGUUCAACCGGAAGUCUUUCGAUGAUGAAACGCAACGAACCGAGACUCAAAGUCUGUUCUCCGUCCAUCCAGCGACUGCUGAACCGUCUCCUUCCCGGUCUGAGGUGGGCGUACAAGCAGACGUCGGCCCGGCACUCAACGACCAGAUAACUCAAUCUAGCACGUCUGCUGAGAUAAAGAGGGAAAGUGACACCAUCACAGUUAUGAAGACUGAACGUGCUGAAGGUUUGCAUCUGAUGGACGGACCUGAGCAAGAAGAGAGCAGCAGUGUUGAAUACAAAACAAAGGAAACAACCGACAACUCGAUCGUUUCCGACGGCCAAGUCGACUCACAGAACACCCCUCGUACCAAGCCCUGUCCCGAUAAGCAAGUAGGGCUUGAUCCGGUAUGGGUGAAACGAGAUGAAGUGAACGGUAACAUGGCAAUAACCGAAGCAGGGAAAGAAAGCGAGCCGUGUUUCGACACGAAAGUACCGUCGGACAAUUCGGACGCUGAAUGUCAAGAUCAGAUAGACACACUCGUUCAAACCACGGGGUCUCUUUCCCUCAACGAACCCCAGCGCGAGACGAAAACUUUGGAUGAUGAAGACGAAGUCGAGACAGUCACUGAGGCAAAAAAAGAUAGGGGCAUGGACGAGCUGCAGGCUCUCCUGAAGUCACUUUCAGAGGGAGUGUUUAGUGACUGUGAUGGGGUUUUCUCCAGUGACGAUCAGGAGCCCAUAUCGGUAGGAAGUGAUGAUGAGAGUGAAACAACACAAAAGGGAACAUCUGCAUUCGACCAACUGCAAGAACUUUUAAAGGGUUAAAUUAAACCUGAUACUGCUUGGAUUUAAAUCAGAAUAAUAUGACAUUUCAGAUUAAUUUCCCUUUUUGUGUACAUUAUAGAUGUAUUAAAGGCAGUGGACA